AUGAAUGGCUCAUUAACUAAGAUUGAACCUAGCACACAACUAUCAGCAUUGGUUUGGCGAAUUUUAGGAGCAAACCCGAGCCCAUUCACUUUACAGGGCACAAAUACCUAUUUGAUUGGUAACGGUAAAAAGCGAAUCCUCAUUGAUACUGGAGAAGAGAAAAUCAGUGCCUACAUAUCAGAGCUUCAAAAAGUUCUGGGUGAUAACGAAAUUAGCAGUAUUAUAUGUACACAUUGGCAUGGCGAUCACGUUGGAGGUGUAGAUGAUGUACUUAAAAAGGUUGUGCAUAAGGAUAUUCCCGUUUAUAAGCUAAAGGAACCUGGAAAACAUGACCCUGUAUACCAGUACAUUGAAGAUGGUCAAGUAUUCCAAACGGAAGGAGCUACACUGAGGGUUUUUGCUACUCCUGGUCAUACAAUGGACCAUAUUUCUUUAUAUUUGGAAGAAGAAGGAACUGUAUUUAGUGGGGAUUGCAUUCUUGGAGAAGGAACAACAAUUUUUGAAGAUCUGCAUUUAUAUAUGCAAAGCUUGCAAAAAAUACUUGACCGUAAGCCCAAAAGAAUUUACCCCGGUCACGGACCCGUUGUUGAGGAUCCGCUGAAGAAGAUUACGGAAUAUAUGAGCCAUCGCAAUGCAAGAGAAAAUCAAAUUUUGGAUGCUAUAAAGAAUAAAGGUGUUGCAAGUGUAACAGAUAUUGUCGGCGCAGUUUACGCGACUACAAGAUGGUCGCUGAUGCUUGGCGCAAUGAACAAUGUCAACCAACAUCUGACAAAGCUGAUCAAAGAAGACAGAAUUGAGCGGACAGGUGAGGGCUACCAAAUUAAAAAAGCAGCGUUAGCUUGA